GCCUGUUUUAAAAGGUCUUUGUUGAACAAAUCUAAAGCUACACUGGCUCAAUGAACAAUGAAAUAGUGACACAAAACAAUAUGUGGUCUGUGUAUCUUUCAAAGGGCUGCCUGGCUGCUGGAAACAGCUGGAGGCCUUUUUUCAGGAGUAACCAAUAACAUAUAAUCACCACACAGUACAAACAUUUUGUAACUGGAGUGUUGUGAGGAACACUUGUUUUCAUUUUGAAUUGAUUUAAUGAAAAGGUCUUUGUAAACCCCUCAUCCCAAUUGUUGUGUGCAAGUCGUGCACUGCUAAACACAAAUAGUUUUUGACCUAAACCCAGUCUCAUACAUCUCCUGAGCUAUAAUUAACCCAGGCAGGACCCAUUAAAAGUGCAAAGCCCAGUUAGGAGGCAGUACAUAAAGUCCUACGGCUUAAACAGUGGACUCAUCUGCACAGAGACCGACAAUGCAGAUGUUCACGUGUUUUCUCACAAUUCUUUUAUUGGCCAGUGUGGUGGUAACAGCCUCAGUCAGAGCUCGAAGAGAAAAUGUUUUAAGCUUCAUAACUGAUGCAAUGGAAAAGGCCAGAACCACUGAAAGGAUUCCUGCAAACAUCACAGGAAACAGAAACCCUCCAAGUAAGCCUGUGGCAGACGAUGACUCUGAAGAUUUGUCAGAUGCAAAGUCUGCAGAGGACUUUGACACCAAUGGAUUUAAAGACGCCGUCAAAGACCUUGACAGCCACGAAAUCAUGAUACCCGCAGUUGUGGAGAAGGACAAGGCACCGCCCGGGAGGACCACAGCAGCAGGCCAAGUGGUGGAUACCAGCAGUGCAGUGGUUCCGGACAGCGAUGAAGAAAUGGUGCUGGGAGCUCAUUUGCCAGGAAGACAAAGUAGCCGUUCACCUGGAGGCCAGAAGACAGGCAGUCCCAGCGCUGAGUCCAGCAGGAGCUUGGUUCAUGGUGGAAGCAGAGAGCUCCUGGACGGGGACAGUCUGGAGCACAAUACCGGCAGACUGGUUCCGCAGGGCAACAAAAACACAGACUAUGACGAAACUCGAGAAUACAACAGCAUGGAGAGUCCACGAGUUCGCCCAGAACACAGAACCAGCACCUCGUUUGUUCCAGCUAUGAGUUAAACCUCCUGAGGAUCAUGUACAGUGAGUGACUGGCUGUUGAGUCACAGGAGAGACGAGCUGCUUCCAGUUUUUGAUCCAAACUUAGCUUUUUAUUGUGUAUUUUAUUUGCUCCUGUGAGCAAACAUGAAUGUAUCCAAACAUUAUAGUGAGAAAAGUAAAUGUUAGCAUAGUAACCAAUUUCUACUCAGAACUGAAAUGGUUGCUGUUCUUAGUUUUGUUAUUGUUUUGAUGAUCUCUUGAAAUUUUAAAACAAAGUGUAAAAAAUGAA